AUGAAUAGUAACAACAACCCAAAUUGUGUCAACAUGUCAUUUAUGCUUCAAAACAUCAUUCCUAACGACGGCGACAUUUUCUCCCGGCGUUGCAUUUGGGUGAACGGUCCGGUCAUCGUCGGUGCUGGCCCAUCGGGCCUAGCUGUUGCGUCCGGUUUGAAACGUCAAGAAGUUCCGUUCAUAAUCCUCGAGCGAGCUAAUUGCAUUGCCUCUCUAUGGCAAAACAGAACGUACAAUCGUCUCAAGAUUCAUCUCCCCAAGCAAUUCUGUCAAUUACCCAAUUUACCCUUCCCGGAGUAUCCAACGAAGUAUCAGUUUAUUGAGUAA